AUCCAUACGUUGUGGCAAGCGAGGUUCACUUAUAAGCAGAUUGCCGAACAGCUUAACGUUACCUACCGAUCAGUUCAAUACGCGCUUUCUAUGCCAAUUACCCCACAGAAAAGAUCAGGUAGACCAACAGUGCUAUCACGCGAGCAAAUAGCAGAGUUUAUUGCCUUUAUCAGGUCGUCUAAAAUGGCCCGCUAA